AUGACAGACAGGAGGCUCAUUCUGGUAGCCUACCGUAGUGUGCUGCGCUGGGCCCGGGACAACGCUGCCGUCCCGUUCCAGUUGCGGCGGGGGGAUGUGCUGCUCCUCGCCCCCGGCGUGGUCCCGACCACCCUGCAGGACGCGGCAGCCGUUUCCCAGAUCGCCCGCGCAGCCUUUCACCUGAACAAGGAUCUGAAGCCAGAGGAGGCAGGCGAGGCCGUGGACCGCGCUCUGGACGCGCUGCGCCUCCUGCACGACGACUACGGCGGCGCCAUUGCGCGCAUGCGCGCCCUGCGCGGCGACCGCGCCGACCGCUCCGGCGUGGCCUGGGCGCUGGGCACGGUCUUCGCGCACGCGCAGCACGGCUACCGCGGCGUCGUCUUCGGGUGGGAUCGCGAGUGCGAGCGCGACGCGGAGUGGGCGGCAGCCAUGGGGGUGCGCCCGCGCCAGCCCUUCUACCAUGUGCUGCCCGACGAGGGCGACUGCGUGCGCCUCUUUGGCGGUGUGCGCGUCAGCAAGUACGUGGCGCAGGACAACGUGGUCCCGCUGGCGGGGGCCCGCGUCAUGCACCGAGCCCUGGACAACUACUUUGACGGGCAUGAUGCGGGGACGGGGCGCUACAUCCCCUCCCGCAAGCUCCAGUUCGAGUACCCAGACGACUACCGGGCGCUGACGCCGCAGCCCGUGGGGGCAGACUCCAACCUGCUGGCCCACGAGGAGUGGGAGGCGGGGCCGGCGGGGACACAGCGGACGCCAGGCCCCUGA